GCGCGCAGCUGUGACGUAGUCUUGUGGGCGGUCCCUGAUGCUGCGGCGCCCGCUGGUCGGGCUGGCAGUGGCCGCGCUGGGUCGCGUCCCCGCGGACGGACCCUGUUCAAGAUUCAGCUUGUUCUUUUUUGCCCUUGCUGGGAAGAGACACAAGCGGAGAUGGGUAGUACCAGGAAGGUGCAGCAGCCUGUUCGUGGUUACUUCCUUGGGAGGCCAUGGCAUGGCAGGACCUAGGCCAGUGGUGCUGAGCGGGCCGUCAGGGGCAGGGAAGAGCACCCUGCUCAAGAAGUUGUUCCAGGAACAUGGCAGCAUCUUUGGCUUCAGCGUGUCCCAUACUACAAGGAACCCACGACCUGGAGAGGAAAAUGGCAAAGAUUACUACUUUGUGACCAGGGAGAUGAUGCAGCGUGAUAUUGCAGCAGGGGACUUCAUUGAACAUGCUGAGUUCUCGGGGAACCUGUACGGGACAAGCAAGGCGGCUGUUCGGGCUGUGCAGGCCAUGAACCGCAUCUGCGUGCUAGAUGUCGACCUGCAAGGUGUGCGCAACAUCAAGAAGACUGAUCUGCGUCCCAUCUACAUCUCUGUGCAGCCUCCCUCGCUGGACGUGCUGGAGCAGCGGCUGCGACUGCGCAACACUGAGACUGAAGAGAGUUUGGCAAAGCGGCUGGCAGCUGCACGGGCUGACAUGGAGAGCAGCAAGGAGCCUGGCUUGUUUGACCUGGUGAUCAUCAAUGACAACCUGGACAAAGCCUAUGCUACUCUGAAGCAGGCACUCUCUGAGGAAAUCAAGAAAGCCCAAGGAACUGGCCAUGCCUGAGGGCCUGCUUCACUCCGUGGAGUGAUGCCUGUGCUCCACAUCUGCCUGG